CUGCCUUAAUAUGAAGCUUGUAUCAUUAUUCUUGGUGAUUUUUGCAAUAUUCAAAGUUAAUUCAGUAAAACCAUCAAUUCAAUACAAUAUUGGAGUUCGAUUCCGUUCUGCAAAGUGCUCAACAGAUAACAACUCAGUUUUACUACAUGGAUGCUACCUCAAAGCCUAUACACGACGAAUUGUGACUCUAAACUUAGUUGGAUCUGUUGUAAAGCCAAUAAAAAGGCCAAUGCACUUCCAAUUUAUUCUACAUUAUCGCUAUGGAACUAUUUAUCGUGAAGUAAUUGACACAAAGAAGAGAGAAUGGUGCUCAAUUAUGGAUGGAAUGCAGACCCACAUGUACAUUAUGUUGAUUAUCAGACAACUCAAAGAAUCUGCGCCUAAAUUAUUUCAUAAAUGUCCUUACCAAGGCGACUAUCAACUUUAUAACAUUACUGUGGAUGAAUCAAAGGCAUUCGACAUGUUUCCUCAAGGAUAUUACAAACUUAAGGUUGUUGUGUUCAAUUCUACUGAUGAUAUGGUCUUUAAGAUUGAUUUGCUGUUUGAAAUUAAAUCUCCUUUUAAGGAUUCUAUUGGAUAA